AUGGCCCCGGAGGACGAGCGGGGAUUUGGGUCUGGGGUCUCGGGGGGUCUCUACCACGAGCGGCAGCGCCUGGAGCUGUGCGCCCUCCACGCCCUCAACAACCUCCUGCAGCGGCCCUGGCUCAGCAAAGCCGCGGCCGACGGCAUCUGCCACCGGCUGGCCCCCAACUCGCGGCCCAACCCCCACCGGAGCCCCCUGGGCACGGGGAACUACGACAUCAACGUGGUGAUGGCAGCGCUGGGCACGCUGGGGCUGGCGGCCGUCUGGUGGGACAAGCGGCGCCCCCUGGAGCGGCUCUCGGUGUCCCCAGUCCUGGGGUUCCUGCUCAACGUCCCCUCCCGGCCCCGUCUGGGGGGGCUGCGGCUGCCGCUGGCCCGGCCUCACUGGCUGAGCGUGAGACACCUGGGGGAUUCCUUCUACAACCUGGACUCCAAACUGCCCGCACCUGCCAGCAUCGGCACUGAGACACAGCUCAGGUGAGCCCAGGUGACUCCAAACUGCCCGCACCUGCCAGCAUCGGCAGCGAGGCACAGCUCAGGUGAGCUCAGGUGAGCUCAGGUGACUCCAAACUGCCCGCACCUGCCAGCAUCGGCACUGAGACACAGCUCAGGUGAGCUCAGGUGACUCCAAACUGCCCGCACCUGCCAGCAUCGGCAGCGAGACACAGCUCAGGUGAGCUCAGGUGAGCCCCAGGUGAGCCCAGGUGACUCCAAACUGCCCGCACCUGCCAGCAUCGGCAGCGAGACACAGCUCAGGUGAGCUCAGGUGAGCCCCAGGUGAGCUCAGGUGACUCCAAACUGCCCGCACCUGCCAGCAUCGGCACCGAGACACAGCUCAGGUGAGCUCAGGUGAGCCCAGGUGAGCUCAGGUGAGCUCAGGUGACUCCAAACUGCCCGCACCUGCCAGCAUCGGCAGCGAGACACAGCUCAGGUGAGGACAGGUGGGGACAGGUGAGCUCAGGUGAGCUCAGGUGAGCUCAGGUGACUCCAAACUGCCCGCACCUGCCAGCAUCGGCACUGAGACACAGCUCAGGUGAGCCCAGGUGAGCUCAGGUGACUCCAAACUGCCCGCACCUGCCAGCAUCGGCAGCGAGACACAGCUCAGGUGAGCUCAGGUGACUCCAAACUGCCCGCACCUGCCAGCAUCGGCAGCGAGACACAGCUCAGGUGAGCUCAGGUGAGCCCAGGUGAGCUCAGGUGACUCCAAACUGCCCGCACCUGCCAGCAUCGGCAGCGAGACACAGCUCAGGGAGUUCCUGCAGCGGGUGUUGGAUGAGGGGAGCUCGGAGCUGUUCCUGGUGGUGCCGCGGGAGGUGGAGGAGGAGGGGACCUGGUUGAAGCCUGAGUGACACCUGAACAACACCUGAAUGACACCUGAAUGACAC